AGUACCAUAUUCAAUAUAUACGUCAUUUGUAAAAUGUCACAAAAAAUAGAUAAAUUGCGUCGGUUAUAUAUCCCUCACUAAUUACCCAACCGACGGUAAAAGUCAAAAAAUUGAAAAACUUUGUUCAUUAUUAACGUCGUUUUAAAAGCCUCACGAAUGCUUUGUGUGGCAUUUUAAAACCGACGGUAAAGAUUUUGCGAGUGUGAGAAAACGACGCAAAUCCUCCUAUUGUUCAAUACUUACCCCCAAAUCGACGAACUGGUCUCCAACUUUUCCCUCUCUUUCAUUUUCAUUUUCGAACAGCGCCUCUCUUUCCCUCUCUUUCUCUGAAGGUCUGAAGGUCUCCCAACUGCGAUUUCGAACCGGCGUAGGUCUCCCACCUCCGUAAGUCUCUCUCUUUCUCUCUUGCGUUCUCUCUCUCUCUCUCUCUCUCUCUCUCUCUCUCAGUCUCUCGUGCUCUGUGUUAUAACAGCUCUUGCGCGUCCUCAGCUCUGAAGGUCUCGAACAUGGGAUGCGAUUUCGAACCGGUGUAGGUCUCCUCUCCCACCUCCGCCGCAUGAGAUGCCUUGCUGCUUUGGCUAGGUAGGAAGAACUUAACAACUUUUGCAAGGAAUAUUGGAGUCCUGCUGAACCUGCUACUCGACUAGAAAUGGCACCAAUGGCUGCAAAUGCUGCUUGGAAUAUGGGGGAGUGGGAUCAAAUGGCUGAAUAUGUGUCUCGGUUAGAUGAUGGUGAUGAAACUAAACUAAGGGGAUUGGCGAAUACUGCUGCCAGUGGUGAUGGAAGCAGCAACGGUACAUUCUUCAGAGCUGUUUUGUUAUUUCGAAGAGGGAAGUAUGAUGAAGCACGCGAAUACGUCGAGAGAGCUAGAAAAUGCCUGGCGACGGAACUUGCUACUUUAGUUUCGGAAAGCUAUGAACGAGCUUAUACCAAUAUGGUCCGUGUUCAGCAGCUGUCAGAACUCGAGGAGGUCAUUGAUUACUGCACGCUUCCUUUGGGAAAUUCUGUUGCUGAAGGUCGUCGAGCCCUUAUUUGCAACAUGUGGACUGAGCGAAUACAAGGAGCAAAACGCAAUGUUGAGGUUUGGCAAGUACUUUUAGCUGUUAGAGCACUUGUGCUUCCACCUACUGAAGAUACGGAUAACUGGCUUAAGUUUGCUUCACUAUGUCGGCAAAGUGGACGGAUUAGUCAAGCUAGGUCCACUCUAGUGAAGCUCUUACAGGUCAGUGGUGUAUAAUGGCUUUAUUGAGGUUGCUAUAGUAACGAGUUAGACGUUAGACCCUCCCUAUAGUAACGAGGAGAUCAAUGUUGUACGGGAUGAGUGGGCCGAAUUUGUGAAGCCUUUGAUUAUAGAUUAAGUACUUAAGGUUACUACACUUUUGUUAUAAUACAUGAGUAACAAGUUUUAUGAUUAUUGUUAUCUUUUGCAUAUGUUAUUAGUUUAUAUUUAGUUUACGAUAUACAUGGAAUUUAAGUUUUAGAAUCGAUUUUAUUAACAAUUUUGGUAUUGUGUGAUAAGUUAAUAGAAUCGAUUACUAAUUUUAUAUAAGUUUUAAAAAUGUUAUUUUAAUUUUU